AGAACGUAUCUUGCAAUCUAGUAACUGUGGUGGCCAACAGAUACGUUCCUCUUUUCCUCGCCCACGCGACAGAUGCUUCAACGACUGUCGCCGGCAACCCGUGUGUUGGCCGCAGCUGCUGCUCCGCCUACGAUGAUGCGCUCAUGCCUGCCAGAAUGUAGCACCACCACCAGCCUGUUGCGCCUUCGUGGCUGCUGCGACGCACUGUGUGCACGCGCUGCCAUCACAACGGUCACGGUGCUGACGCAGCGACGCUUUGUCGGCCCUCGCCAGUACUCGCCAAAAGGCUACCGCGAGGCGGCCGGGCGAGCUCCCAUGAGUUUCGAGUUCGGCGAGGAGUGCAACAACCUGGCUCGUGCGGCGCACCAGACAAAGAACUACGGUGACGCGAUUAGUUUGUACGACCGGGCACUGGCGAUGCGGCGCGAGAAGUACGGGCCGAUUCACGAGCAGUGCGCGGCCACGCUGCACAACAUCGGCCGCGUCUUCCUCGAUAUGAAGGAGUACGGCGCCGCGGAGAACGCCUUCACGGAGGCAGCGGCGAUUUACGAACAGGUGGAAGGCGAGAAGUCUCUCAAGUACGCCGAGUCGAUGGAGCUGCUCGCGCUGUGCUACACCCACCUCAAGUUUCUCGACGAGGCGGAGAAGGCCUUCAAGGACAGCAUACGCGUCUUUCGUGAUCAGUGCUACAACUACGGCAACAACUCGUGGUUGCCAGAUGACCCGACGCCGCCGGCGGAGCCGAGCAAGCACCCGCUGUCGUCGGCUGCCCACGCACUCGCCGACUGCGCCGCAUUGUUUCUCCUCCGCAAGCAGGAGCACCAGGCAGUAGUCUUUCUCGAGGAAUCGCUCGAAAUACGGCGUUUCUUGUACAGUCGGCACGUGAAGUUCCGUCCCAUGAUCGCGCAGACCCUCAACAAGCUUUGCGAGCUGAAGAAGGCGCUCGACGACCCCGUCGGGGCUGAGAUGUGCAUUAGCGAAUGCCUCAAGAUCUGCAUUGAGACCUUCGGCCGCGACCACCCUGCCACCGCGCAGGCGACUAGCAGCAAGGCGGGCCUGUUGGCCGCCAAGAAGCAGUUUCGAGAUGCGCUGCGCUUGUACGAAGAAAGCACAACCACGUAUGCGGUGGCUCUUGGCAAGGACUCCCCGUUGUUUGGGCAGGAACUGAUGAAGCUGGGUCGCUGCCAGGAGCUGUGUGACGACUACGUCAGCGCCGAGAAGACAUUUGAGCGUGGCAUGGCCAUCAUCAAGAAGAGCUUUGGCCCAGACAGCAUGCAGAUGGCGGAGGCGGACACCUUUUAUGGGUCGCUGCUGGCGCGAAAGCUAGAAAUCGACCGGGCAGUCGACAUGUUCCGCGAUGCGAUUCGCAUUCGCAAGGCGGUCGACAAGCAAGACCCGCAGCUGGCCUACCUCUACCAAAAGAUCGGUGACGCGUACGCAAUGCGACGGGAGCCGCACGCCGAGGCGUACUUUCUGCUGGCCGUCGACGCUUUCAAGCAGAAUGCCACCGUGGAGCCGUUGCAGCGCACCUAUAUGACGGACGUCCUCGACGACCUCGGGCUCUUUUAUUUGGACUUCCAACACUACGAAAAGGCGGAGAAGUGCUUCAAGGAGGCCCUUGACACACGUAUCGAGAUGCUCGGCGAGAACCACGCCACGGUGGCCUACUCGUACAGCAACUUCGCCAUCCUCUACCUCCAACGUCAGGACUUUGCCAACUGCGAGAAGAUGGCGGAGGCGGCGCUGGACAUGUACGCGAAGACCGCCCGCUCCAACGUGCUGGCCCAAGCCGAUGUGCAGACGACGCUCGGCCAGUGCUACCACCAGCAGAGUCAAUUUAGCAAGGCGCUGGCGAUGCACGAGAAGGCGCUGAACGUGCGGCGCACCCGCGGCGACACGACUGAGACGGCGGUGGCAGAGUCGCUGAACCACAUCGCCCGCGUGUACGUGACGAUGAAGCGCCACGGCAUGGCACACCGCUACGUGAAGGAGGCGCGCCGGCUCGUGUGGCAGUUCAACGUGGAAAUCACCCAACCGCUGCGAACCGAGAUUGUCAAGACGGAGCAGAUGAUUCCGCCCAUGGAGGAGUGGACGAACGACGAGCGAGCAGAGGCGCAGAUUAAAUUGGGAGGCAGUGUAGUGGCCGCUGCACCUGCAGUGGAAAAGAGCGCCUCUUCACGUGCUGAGAAGUGA